AUGGCGCGAGAAGUUUCUAGUUCAUUUCAGCAACAAAGGCGAUCCAUCUGCGACACAGCUGAUGUGAUGAACAUCUGGCGUCAUGACGAUGAAAGUCUGGAAGACUUCAUCACCCGAUAUAACAAAGAGGUACUCGAGAUCGGGGACGUCCAUGAGCAGCUGAUUCGCGCCCAAUCCAAAUAUACAGUCAGGUGCAAUGAUAUGAUUAAAGUCCUAUCCGGGACAGAAGGACUCCCGAAGAGCUGGGAAAAAGUGAUGGCAGCGGCUAAGGUCUACGCCCAAACAGAAAAAAAUCUCACCACGCACAAUCGACCCUUAGAUUUAGGCUCAAGUGGAGGAAGGAAAUUUAAGAAAGGAUGGCGCGAUUCUAACUCAGGGAAUUAUUCAUCCGAGGAUGCUCGAGCCACAAUCAAUAAACUUGCCGCGCAGAGAGAAACCAAACAGGAGAACAGGGAGAAACAAUGGACUCCCUUAACCAAAACUCCCGCAGAAGUUUUAAGCAUAGAGGAUUAUCAGUUUAAGCCUCCACCACCCAUGAAGAACAAACAUGGUCAAGACCCAACUCAGUAUUGUGAUUACCACAAGGACAGUGGUCAUACCACCAAUAAUUGCAUCUCCUUGCGAACCGAGAUAGAAAAAGCACUUAAAAGUGGUGAGCUCACUCACCUACUACAAAACAUGCGCAAGGAAAUCAAACAAAUCACCCGGGGCGAAGAAGGCCCGAGCAAGAAAGCGAAAAAUUAA